UUCGGGUAGUUAAUCAGUACAUAUUGAGGCUCGAGUGGGUGCAGAUUGACUCUCCUGACGGGUCGGGUGGGUGCGGAUGUUAAAAAACCUUAACCGGCGCAACACUAGCCUAUACUGUUGAGCAUAUUGUAAUGCAGCGUUGAAUGGAUGAAUAGCUUACAUAAGGGUACCCCGCACUUUUCAAAAUCACCAAGAGACACCAGAGUCAGACUUGUCUUGACCUGAAAAAAAAAGUUAGAGGCUAGCCAACGUCUAUGGUAACUAACUGAACUAGGCUACAGGCUUAAUAGCGUUGCCACCACCACAAGCAUGAUUGCUGACAAAAUGGAAGAUUAUGGAAGGCUUGCUAUCGUGUUUAUCGUGUACAGUUGUUGUGGAGCUGCCUUUGAAGUGAGAGUCCCCCAGAAACAGGUGGUGGCAGUCCAUGGGUUUCCAGCUGCCAUUUUGGGGUGCUCCUUCACGCCUCCUCCCAGCCUACAAGACGUGGUCGUGACUUGGCAGCGAGUAGAGGACUUGAGGGUUGUUCACAGCUUCUAUUACGGAACUGACCAGCUGGGCCGACAAAGUGCCGACUACAAGAGCAGGACAAGCUUGUACCACGAGCAGCUUUCAAGUGGGAAUGCCACUCUAAGGCUGGCACGGGCCGGCCCCCGAGAUACCGGGAACUACCAAUGUAGUGUCAGUACUUCACAGGGAUCAGACAAGGCAGAUGUGCAACUGAGUUAUGCAGCUUUCUUCUCGGAGCCCAGGCUGUCUAUACUGGCCCACAGCUCCAAUUUCACUCUCCAGUAUGAAAGCGAGGGUUAUCCACAACCUGAGGUCCAGUGGAGGGAUGGGUUGGGUCAUAACCUCACACACAAUACCCAAGUGCUUCAGUCAGAUGAGGACCCUGGUCUGCUGAAGCUCCAUACCCAAGUGGUGGUCGACAUGGCCAAGGGUUUGAACUGGACUCUCACUGUGGUCAACCAUCCCCUGGGACAGGUCAUCCAGAGACCUGUUAGCUUCAUUUAUGAUGAUCAGAGAAACCUAGUGGACUGCAGCAGAGAGAGGCUUGCUCUGCUAUGUCCAAUUGCAUUUUGUGUAAUUGGCUUAUGUUUACUGUUUUGGGUACGACAGCCACUGUGCUCCAUUUCAAAAUAGCAGGUAAAGUAAAUCAGCAAAGUGCAUGACCGUACGUUAUGGACAUAACUUACAAUCUAUUUCGACUUCACUCAGUCACCACGGUCUUCACCUAUGGAUGACUCAUACCAUUAGGGUCACGAGGAACGGAGGGUUCCACUUUUCUUCUUCAGAAAGCCCUGUAGAGAGUACAGCUGAACCCAGAGGUUCUGGCGCUGCAACACCUGCUACCGUGUCAUUGGAGCCGCUACUUGCCGCUGCAUAUACAACCUGAAUUCCGAAAAAGUUGGGACGCUUUGUAAAAUUAAAAAAAGAAUGCUAUUAUUGACACAUCAUGUCAACCCUGUAUUUAACUGAAAAUAGUUCAAAGACAACAUAUCAACUGUUGAAGGAGAAAAAUGUUAUUGUUUUUUGGAAAAAAAUAUGUUCAUUUUGAAUUGAAUGCCAGUAACACAUCUCAAAAAGUUGGGACAGGGGCGUUUUUACCACUGUGUUGCUUCACCUCUUCUUUUUAAAACAUUCUGCAAAUGUUUAAGAACUGAGUUUUGCAAAUGAAAUGUGGUCCCAUUCCUGCCUGGUAUAUGAUUUCAGCUGCUCUAGAGUCUGGGGACUUCUUAAUCAUAUUUUUUAUUCCAUGAC